AGAGCUGGAGCCAGAGAGGCAGGUGCUGAGGUUGGGACCAGAAGGACCGGUGGCAUCCUGAACCGGGCCGGGCCGGGGCUGAGCCAGUCAUGUUUUACUCAGGGCUUCUGACCGAGGGCGGCCGCAAGGAGGCCGAUAUGCGGGAGGCAGCUUCUCUGCGGCAGCAGCGCCGGAUGAAGCAGGCUGUGCAGUUCAUCCACAAGGACUCGGCUGACCUGCUGCCACUGGAUGGCCUCAAGAAGCUGGGCUCCUCCAAGGACACGCAACCCCACAACAUCCUGCAGAGGCGCCUCAUGGAGACCAACCUCUCUAAGCUCCGCAGCAGCCGGGUCCCUUGGGCCCCCAAGACCAACAGACUCAAUCAGGCCAAGUCUGAGGGGCUGAAGAAGGCUGAGGAAGGGGACAUGAUCCUAGUGUCCUGCCAGUGUGCUGGAAAGGACUUGAAAGCCUUGGUUGACACCGGCUGCCAACAUAAUCUCAUCUCCUCUGCCUGUGUGGACAGAUUGGGGCUAAAGGACCACGUUAAGUCCCACAAACAUGACGGGGAAAAGCUCUCCCUGCCCCGACAUCUAAAAGUGGUAGGCCAGAUUGAGCACCUUGCACUUACCUUGGGAUCCCUACGCCUGGACUGCCCAGCAGCUGUGGUCGAGGACAAUGACAAACAUCUCACUCUUGGGCUCCAGACUCUGCGGUCCUUGAAGUGCAUCAUAAACCUGGACAAGCAGCGUCUCGUCAUGGGGAGGGUAGAGAAGGAAGAGAUCCCCUUUGUGGAGACCGUGUCUGGGAGUGAAGAUAACACAUCGGAGGCAUAACUAAAGAGUGAGAUGUGUGAGUGAGUGAAUACACACUCACACACACCCGUACACAUACAAGCCACAUACACCCCCAAGCUAACAGCUCAGGAAAGCUGUCAGGCUUGGCCCAGAUGCAAAACAGGUCCCUGCUGCCUGGACCAAAUCCUUCCCUCUGUGGGAGGCUCCAUCAAUUCCUUCCCCUCUGGGCCUCUCUCAACUGUAGCCUGUGCUUAGAGAUCCUAUCUGGUUUUAUCUAUGGUUUUUAUAUGUCCGAUCAUGUUCAUGACCUUUGACACUGCCCUGACCUAGUUGCCGGAGUGUGUCCCCCACAGCUCACUCUUUUCUAAGAAUUCCCUUUCUUUAGCCAUGUCUAGGGCCUGCCAGGAGUUGGCCCUUAUUAGAGUCACUUCCUUGUUUUCCAGUGAACAGACGUGCAAUCAGCAGGAAAUAGGUACUGACUCAUGGGCUCAAUCACAGAAAGGCGUACCACAGAUUCAUCGACUUUUUAUUCACUCAGCACAUAGGAUUUAGAUCCAGAAAGGGCCUUAGACACCAUCUCAUCCAACCCAUUCCCUUUACAGAUGAGGAAAACAAGGCUCAGAACUGAGCGGCCUGCUCAGGGUCACAUAGCAAGGCAGUGGAAGAGACCCAGGUCUCCUGCCUCCUAGUCUGACCUAAUUUCCACUCCACCUUUCUGUCUCUUCUGUGGAAGGAGCUGUGAGGUGAGAGCCUUAGGGCUGGUGAGAAAGCAAGAGGAACAAAAAAGGAGAAAGGGAGAAAAUGCAGGAGCGAUGGUGCCAGGAUGGGGAUGCCUGCCACGAGGAGCUGUAGGGGGCUUCCAGAAUAUGUCCAGAAUGCCAACAUCAGUCACUCCUUUUGGGUAAAGAAUGAAGGAUCCUGGUUAAAAUAAUAACAGAUUUUCUGAGACUAUUAUCCACUAUUAAUCCUGUAAUCAAUUUUUAUGAGAUGCGUUCAGCCAGCCAGCUAGGAGAACAACAUAAGACACAGAAGGCGAAGGGAUGGGAAAAGUGAAGGCAAGGGGGCAGCUUAAGACUUGGGCAUAUGAGUGGAUGCAUGUUGGUUGCUGGGAUGGGGAUGCCCAGAAGGUGGAGAGAGGAGGACACUGCAGAGUAGUCAGAGAAAUACUGGACUGGCAGCCAAGGGACCCUGGGUUUAUGUCUACCUGCCAUCAGUAACUUUUCUGACCUUGGACAAAUCACUCCCACUGUUUUCUCACCUGUAAAAUAGGGGUGUUAGACCAGAUGAAUCUCUCCCUUCUGGCUCUUACAUUGUGUAGGGAGCUGGUGAGAUGGUGGGAGUUUGCUACUCAAGCUUUUCAUGUUGGAGUAUCAGAGAAGGUAUUUACACUACAGUUCUGCCAUGUUGUUAACCUAUGAGAAGGCGGAUAAUGACAAUCCUGUUGGAAUUCCCAUGAGAAAUCCCACAGAUCUGUGCUCAUUCUUUAGCAGAGAUUCACAAACCUUUUAUUCAUUCACUGCCAGUGUCCCCACACCUCACAGUAGAUGGUAAAAUAUGGGACAGGAUAGAGAGGAGGAGAAUCCAUUCUGUUUAUCUACCCCAUUAGUUCUCAACAGAACUCACAAUUUGAGCCUCCAAGAUGACUCCAAGCUCCUUGAUACUCCCAUCUGGGGACACGUAGGAACAGUCCUGUGGCCACGCUGUCACUGUCUUGCUUCACAGGUUGAUUUCCAAGAUAACUCCCUCCCAGCCUCUGCUGGACAUAGACACAGUGAAGGCAUAGACACAGUGCAAGCAAUCAUUCUGGGCAAUGUCAGUGAGCUCUGUGGGCUCAGGAGCACUUGGCUUUCCUACCUUGACUAUUCCCCUCUUGCCCCACCCUAAACUAAACUAUUCCAUAGCAAGGACCAUGCCUCUCUCCACUUCGGCUAGAUUCUCUUCAAGUCUUCUGUCAUCUUCCCUCUCUGGUCCUGCCCUUUCUUCCCCCUCAGAAACAAAUUAAUCCCUGCUCACCUGGGCCCAAACCACAGCUGCUCCUGAUGCCUGGAGUAGGCUGAAUUGCCUCCCAUCCUUUAUUAUAAUGCCCCACUACCCCAUUUAGUUUCUCAAAGCCUCCUCACAAAAUCCCACCAGCAAGUUGUUGCCAUGAUAUAUUAGCCUGUCUUCCCCAUGUUUGAAGACCCUGGCACUGGGGACCAAGAAAAGCUAAGGAGUCCCUGUUCUCUGAUGACUAGAGAUCAGGGAAGACACGUGUUCCUUGACUUCUUAGAGGUAAGACUCCAGGAACAGGGGGAAUGCAUUAGAUGACCUUUGGAGAGUCUUCUGGUGCCUAAGGCUUUCCAGGUAUAGAAGAGAAAACGAUCGGAUGGUCUAAGCCAUGACAUCACUGCCUCACCCAAUGUGCUUUUUGGUCAAGCCUGAAUUGAAUUUCGGAACCAAAUAGUUAAGACUUCACUUAGUGAGUUAUGCUUGGCAAAGGCAUCUUGGGAAUGUUUGAAGCUCCUUGGGGGCCGGGGGCGGGGGAAUUCUGGGGUCUCAUUAGCUUUCUUUAAAUGUCUCCAUAUUUAUUGACUGGGAAAGCUCCUCUGCAGUUGCUUGUACUCUGAGGGUUGGGACUACAAGCUUUCUGUGGGGUUGAGCCAGCCUACCCUGGGCAUCAGAUUCAUGCCUGGCAAGAGGGCCAUGGCAGGUUUCAUCUUAUGUAACCGGAGCCCAUGUUUAAUGGGAGCUUGGUUUCUGACAAGAGGCUUGAAAAAUAUGUUUUUAGAACUUAGUAUUUCUAUGCCUAAUGUAUUUGAGGAGUGAGUAUUUUCUGAUGUUUUCUAUACUUCCUCUGCCUUUAACUAGUCCUCCCCAUAGAUGAUUCCAGUCCCUUAAGCUCCAAGUCUCCUUAGUAGGAAUCGCUUGGCCACAGCCUACCGUCCUGUAGGUGAAAUAUCUUUCUAGGCUCAGAGCGCCGAGGAGGUCCUUCCCCACCUCCACCUUUGGGCCCCUCUGUUGGCACUUUCUUCUUGCAGUGUUUCUGGCUGUGUCUGGUUUAUCUGUGAGACUGAUGUACCAAUAAAGUGAAACCUCAUCUCCAGA